UAUCAGCCAUCUCAAAUAGUUCAACUCAAACGUUCCACUCUCGAAGUCCGCAUCGCACCAUUUCCGUCCAGCAGAACAAGGUGUACCGUACCUACUUAGUGAUUGAAACCACGCUUGGCUUGCACAGCGAAGAAAGUGAUUGAGCGUACAAAGUGAGCUCGAGUAGAAAAUUGGAGUGAAUUAAUUUCUUGCCACACUAUCCCGCCUGGCGUAAUUUGUCACCUUUAUGGAGUCUGCUGUAGAACGUCUCUUGGUCGUAGUCAAAGCCUCAGCAGGACAGUUGAGACAGACGCAGUUGCAGUUUGAAAAUGGCGCCGAAAGCGGAAACAGAUGAGCCGCUAACCGGGAAAAAUGAAACCAUCAAAACCAAUGGUAACACCGGAACUGGUGGCCGCCUGAUUAAUCCUCACCUGGUGCUGUUGAAGGUUUCGCUGUUCCUGAUAUUUGGGGCCACGUCGUCUCUGGUGCCGUAUUUAACGGUGCAUAUGCAAAGCAUCGGUCUCUCGGUGGAGGAAAUUGCAGCCGUUUAUUUGACGUUGCUCUUCACGACCUGUCUCAGUCCUCCGAUCACCGGAUACGUCGUCGAUAGGUUCGGUCGGUACAAACCGGUUCUGUUGGUUAGUUUGGUGUUGAAUUUGGCGGCCCAUCACUCACUGAACUUGGUACCAAUUAGAGCACCAUGGGUGCUGAAAACGGUACAGGUGGAAGCCGUGUGGAACGCGAUUGGCAAUGGAACGAUAACUUUGGAAAAUCCAUGCGACAACUUGGAAUGUCCCACAGUACCAUUUCUGGAGAAAUCGCUUGCUAAUAGAUGUGAUUUGCCUGCGGGUAAUUUAUCACAACUGCAAUUGUUCAUUUCAAACGGAGAGGAGCGCACUUUUUGUGGAUCGCUGAACCUGCCAAACUGCAACUCCAGACUGGAUGGAUCAAAUGCACCACUUAUAUUGCAGUGCCGAAACACUGUUGAAUAUGAUAAAACAUUCUGGUAUUAUUUGAUGAUUCGGUUCGUCUCCACCACGAUGCUUAUAGGCUGUCUAACAAUCACCGAUCCCAUCGCGUUGACCAUGAUUGAACAAUACGGAGGAGACUUUGGACGAGAAAAACUAUUUUCCAGCGCUGGAAUGGCUAUCUUCACUCCUCUAACAGGACUACUGAUUGAUUACUACUCUGAAGACCCAAACAGUACAGAUUAUACGCCGGCUUUCUACAUAUACGAUGUUCUUCUUGCACUAUCCCUCAUAUCGGUGUUUCUACUUCCGGUGGGCAAAAAACUGCCCUCGGAAAGCAUUUUGAGACACUUGUGGGACAUACUCAAACUACCACACGUGCUGAUGUUCUUGUUUUUCUUGUUCUAUUUGGGCACGUUUUGGGGAUUCAUCGAAAGCUAUCUGUUUGUGAUAAUGAAGGAGAUGGGAUCUCCCAAUUACCUGCUUGGGUUAACCUACACCGUGGGCACCGUGGCCAGUAUUCCGAUGAUGUACCUCACCGGACCAAUAACCCGCUGGGCAGGACAUGUAAAUUUGCUGGUGGUGGCAUUCUUCGCUCACGCCACCAGAAUCAUCGGUUACUCUUUGAUGGACAACCCGUUCUGGUGUUUCCCGGUCGAACUUAAUGAGGCAAUAUCCUGCUACUUUAUGUGGGUGGUGGCCACAACGUAUUGUGCAGUGCUGGCCCCAAACAGCCUGGUGGCAACAUUGAUCGGCGUUUCCGGAAUGGUACACUUUUGCUUGGGAAAAGGAAUCGGAUCAGUUUUCGGUGGUUAUCUGAUCGCACAGUUUGGAACGAGAAUGGCUUUUCGAUACAUGGGAUACAUUGCCGUUGUUUGCGGUUGCAGCUAUAAAUUUCUUCAUUUGAUUUGGCUGAAGAAGUAUGAUAAACACCAAGCUGGCGAAAUAGAAGACCGAAAAAGAGAUUUCCCGGAGAGAAGAGUAUCAUUGGUUCCGAAGUUUAGCGCUUUUGGCAGCGUUGCUGGAAUGUUGCCAACAUCAGAGGAGGAGCAUGCUAAAUCAUGUGAAGGAGUUUAAAAAUUAGUAAAAUUAUGCAGAUUUUUACCUUUGAAUUAGAUUGAUUAUAUUUUAUUGUGUUACGAAACCAAUAGUUAUCAACAUUCCACAAAUCCCUAAAUGUUUUGUAUCAAUGUUUACAGCACAACGAGAACAUGAUGCCCAUUAUAAAAACAA